AUUUGUGUUUAUGCUGAUCAGUCUGACAGACAGAACUGGUAUGCUCGCGUAAGAGAUAAAAAAUCUGGACCUGGAGAUGGCUAUUUCCCGCUUUGAUAUCAUAGUUUUUUUCUUGGAUGCUGUACGGGGAAGUAGCAAAUUUAUCGAUGCAGUUGCGCGUGGAAACAAGAGUCACCGAGUACACUGGCGUCAACGCGAUCGCAUCUUGGGAGAUUGGAAGCUUUUGAGGUUAAUUUGUGAAGCAAUUCACAAGCUGAUGAGAGAUGAAGAUGUAGAGCGCGUGAUGCUUAAUAUGGGAUUCAAGAUUCAAGCUGCAGCCGAGGAGAUUGGUGGGCAUGUUGUAAUUAUAAACAAGAACAACACCCAGAUGAAGCUUUCCCCGGUAAAUGGCAAAACUCUCCAUGAUUAUUACAGUAAAACCAUCAAAUGGAUGGAAGAGAUUGGAGAAGAUGCUGAACACCUUUUGGAUUUAUCCGGGUGGUCGUCGUGUCGACUGCAAUCACCAUUUGAUGUUUCUUUUUGGCUACAAUUUGUAACCACUCUGGCCGAUAUUGUGGACGAUACAAAAUGGAGCCAGCCAAUCGGUGCCUGGCGCAAAUACAUGGAAGGUGUAUCCAGGAAUCUCGACUUCGUAGCAGCAGCUGCUGCAGGUGGUGAUGAUGUAAAUGCUAUCAAUGAUUUCGUGACUCGUGUUGCAUCUGUGAUGGUACGGAUUGCAAUCCACAGUCUUAAGUACCGGAUUCACUACGGGAAAACCGAAGGCAAAAUCAAAACCGUAGAAAUGAUUAAGCUAACUAAAUCUGUAGUGGAUUUGCAACAUGAGAUUCAUCCUACUAAUCCCAAAUUCAUGGAGUUCCAUUUUCAUUUCCUUGUGGCUCUCCAUAAAAUUGGAGGAGUUAAGCCCGAUUUUUCCUCUCAUUAUAGCAAUUAUGUUGCCACUAAAGUGAGGAUCAGAGAUACUCGAGAGAUCUGUUCUCGAGAGAUCUAUGGGCUGUUAAAGCUUUUAGCCUUCACCAAACUGAAGCAACAGGAGGAGGGGGAGGAAGAGGAUCAGACUAUACAAAUUUUCCUUGCAGAAAUUCAUACGGUGCUCAUAGAGAUGGAAUUCCUCAAACAGAAGGAACGAAAGGGUGAGCAACUUAUCCAUGGCCAUUCUGAGCUACGUAUAAAUGUUUUUCUUCUUCAGACGGAGCUUUUCCUCAAGGGAAUGCUUUUCUGUAACAAUCAAGGGAGCACUUUCCGAACUGAAGAUCUGCUCAAUCAUGUUAAAGGUGAUGUCCCAUGGAUGCCUAAAAAAUUGAUACGCUUUUUGGAAAAUCUUACGCAUUGGGAGGCAGAAUAUGGGAAUAAGGCAUUGGCUCUCAUUAAACAAGUGGACUACAAAGUAGCAUCUCUCCAUCAGUUGUUUGAGGCCAAGAAGAUCACAGAAUCCACGGUGAGAAACUCAAUUCUUCUAUUGCUUCUUAACAUUGUUGUUUUCAAAGCAGAAGCAUUAUUUGAGAAGUUACAACUGGAGAGGAGUAGUGCUGCAAAUUCCGAGGCUUAUCGAAAAGAUCAAAUUGCACUUCUUGUGCUCCUUAAUCUUUUCACACUUCUCUGCAACCAGCUAAAGGAGGAGACAGAGGAAAUGGACACGAUCUUCCCACAAACUGAAACUUCUGAUGCAGGGAUGGCAGGACCCAUCCACAAUAUGAUCAUCUCAUCUUCUAGACUGCAAGAUAAGCUGAAUCCUAUCAAGUCUACGCUCAGAGUGGUUAGUCCCCCAUUUCCAUUGUCUGAUUUUCCCAAGACAUACAAGCCAGGGUUCGUUGAAUUUCUCAUCGGAAGCCUGGAGGAACUGCUGAACUAUGAUCCUGCGUCAAUUAAACCAGUCAGGAAUUACAUAAAAGAAAUUCAUCUACAUUUCAAGUCUUUGGGUUCUUUUCUCAUGAAAGUCUCAGAGUCUUUGGAUAUUAAUGACAAUCCAGAAGUGAAAGAUCUUAGUGGUCAUGUUGCCAAUAUUGCUUAUAAAAUUGAGUUUGUCAUUGACUCAAUUGUGGUCGAUCCUCAAUGGCAAGGUUUCUUUUUGGUUUAUGAUCUACUAGAGGAGUUAAGAAUUGUUAAUAAGCGAGCCUCUAGAAUUCAGUUGACGACCCCUGAAGCCAAAGUCCUGGAUAACAAACACGUCAGCCAGGUUCCACGCAACGUGAUAUCACGGGAUGAUACACCUGCAAUUAAUGGAAUGGUGGUGGAUCCCAGAGAUGAAGAACAAUCUAUAACUGAUCAACUUGUCAAGGGAUCCUCAAAGUUUGGUAUUGUUUCUCUUGUGGGAAUGCCCGGUAUUGGCAAGACAACAAUGGCUUGGAAACUGUUUAACUGCCAAAAGGUUUUGUCUCACUUUCAUUGUCGUGCAUGGUGUACUGUUUCACAAGAAUAUGACAAAAGAGAACUGUUGCUGGAGAUUUUACGUGACAUUCUUCAUGGGCUUACGGAUGAAAUUCGCCUAAUGACUAAUGAAGAUCUCCAAUUAAAAUUGCAUCAGUGCUUACUAAGAAACAAGUUUCUCAUUGUUAUGGAUGACGUGUGGGAUGCUGGAGUUUGGAAUGAGUUAAGAAAUGCAUUCCCAGAUGAUGCCAAUGGAAGCAGAAUUUUGAUUACGAGCCGCCUUCGUGAUGUGGCCUUGCAAAUUGGACCAGAUAUUGAUCCUCAUUCUCUACGCUUAUUUUCUGAUGAUGAAAGCUGGAACUUAUUAGUAGAGAAAGUAUUCCAUGGUGAAGGUUGUCCCGAAGAAUUGUUGCUUGUUGGAAAGGAAAUUGCCAAAAAGUGUAAAGGAUUGCCUCUUGCUGUUGUUGCAAUAUCUGGUCUCCUCCAAAAGAUAGAAAAGAGCAGAGCAUCAUGGGGGAAAAUUGCAAAAGGCUUGAUUGCUGAAGUUAUGGAAGAUCCAAAAGCUCAGUGCAUGGAAAUCUUUGAAUUGAGUUACAAACACUUACCGGGAUAUCUAAAACCGUGCUUUCUUUAUUUGGCAGUUUUCCUUGAAGACAAGGAUAUUCCUGUUAGCAAGUUGAUACGGUUUUGGCUUGCUGAAGGUUUCAUUCAUGACUCUGAGUUGAAAAGCUUAGAAGGUAUUGCCGAGGGUUACUUGAUGGAGUUGAUUAGCAGAAGCCUGGUGGAAGUCUCCAAAAGAAGAUCCAACGGAACGGUCAAAUCAUGUCGCUUGCAUGAUCUGUUACGUGAUUUUUGUCAGUUAAAAGCCAGGGCAGAGAACUUCUUCCGGCUAGUAACCAGGUCUGAUGAGCCAUACGCCUCUUUUCCUUGUUCAAAUUUUGGUUUUGUAAUUGACCAUCCUCCUGAUCCUGUAACAUAUGAGGCCUACCGAUUGUGCUUUUUUUUGAAGCGACUCCAUUUGUUUAAAUCAGAACAUUUUGGCCAGGGCACUCGUUCUUUGAUAUUUUUUCCUUCAGCUGAUUCAGAGCCCAGAAGUCCUUAUAACAUCUCAUUCAUUUGGCAGAAAUACAAACUUCUGCGGGUGUUAGAUUUUGAAUGCAUCAACCUGGGUUCCACCUUCGAUGUUGGCAUUACAUCCCUGGUUCAUUUGAGGGAUUACAUGAUCCGGUUGUCUUACCAGAUAGUAUUUGGCACAUGACAAGGUUGAGGCAUCUUCAUGUGAAUUUGUAUGUUGCAUUCACAUUGGAUGAUGAAGGGCUUGAAGUCUGCUCUAAGUUGGGUGAUUUGGUCAGUCUUUCCCGUCUCUCUCUCUUUUGUGGUGAAGAUACAGAGAACAUAGUGAAGAGGUUGCCAAAUCUUCGUAAACUGAGAUGCAUAUUCUUUCACCCACGGGAUUCUUCCAAGUAUUGUGGAGAGUUUCCAAAAC